CGAACCCUAGGUGCGAAAGAGAGAAGAGGCGGGGAGCUGAGCACAGGGAGAUCAAUCGAUCCGGCCGCCCCUCCUCCGCCGAGAAGCUCGGAUCCGGCGGUUUCGUGUCCCGCCGAUCGGGUCAGCCAACCCGACAGAUCGAUCCACAAGCAAGUUUGAGGGGAGGCACCCACCAGCCGUGGCAAUUGCAGAUCAUCAGUAGGUGCUCCGGCCAGCAACAAAGCAGGGUCUUUUAGAUCCACAUCCGCCUCAGUGAUUCGACUCAUUAUAGAAAGGAAGAAAUAUGCCUAAGCGGCAGGGGCAGGAGUCCCAAGACCAGCGCCGCGGUGGCGAUUUGGACGGCAAAAGGUCACGGCCAGCCCGGCGGCGGAAGCACCUCUAUCUGAUCUUGGAUGACUGGGAGAAGGGGUUCAGCGUCCACAAGAUCGACACCGACGGUUUCGACUCGGACUCCGACGACGACCCGGACGCCGGCGCUGCCGUUGCAGGGCACCUCCCGGACCCUCCGGCCGCUGCGGCUGGCGUCACCAGGGGACUCUGACAUGCUCUUCGCCGCCACUGGCAGCAAGAUCUUCAUCGUUACUGAUGCACGCUAUGGACAGACCCCUGCCCUCGUCUACGACGCCGAGACAGCAGGACUGGCUAUCGGCCCUGCCGUUCCUGCGCAGCUGCAAUGUGGCUUGGACAUCAUCGUUUCUGUCCGUGAAAUGAUCUAUGCAUUUUCACCUCCGGCCUGCAGCAAACAGCACUCCUUUGAUGCGAUGUCAUGCGCACCCACCGGCUGGCAUGAUCCAGGCGAGCAGGGCUGGUCCUGGAGGAGCCUGCCGGCACCGCCGCCGCCGUUCGACGCCUAUGAGAUCAUUACCUCCUAUGCCGUGCACUCGGACGGCCUCACCGUCUUCAUGGCCACAUCCUACAGCGAUCGCCCGGGCCUCCAGAAGAGGACCUACUCCUUCAACACUAAGUACCGUGUGUGGAGGUGGCACCCCUGGGUUCUGCCUUUCACAGACCAAGGUUACUUUGACAGGGAGCUAGAUGCGUGGGUUGGGCUUCACAAGGAUGGGUGCAUUUGUUCCUGGAGCUUCCCUCUGAUAUUGGCAGCGAAACUCCAAUAGAGCUUGGAACAAUGGAAUUGGAUUGGCAGAUGACGGAUGAGAAAUUGUUUCGCAAGGAAUCUGAGAGGGACUCGAGGGCUUCUCUCACCUACUUGGGCAGAAGCAAGUUUUGCCUUCUCGAGAGUGUGAUGUGCAAGAGAGGCAAGGCAAAGUACAUCUUAGGUGACGAUGAAGACGGCUGUGUGCUCCGUCUCACUAUGUUUGGCCUAAAGUACAGUAAUAAGGGAGAGCUGAGAGUCACGAAUCACAGGUCCUCGCGCUCCUACCGGAUAACUAGGCAUACAGAUUUCUUUUCUCCCGUAGCUUUUUGGUUGUAGAAGCUUUUUGAUUGUAGAAGUUGUUUGGUUCGUUGCAACAUACUGAACCUCUUAGAAUCCACAAUUUAGUUAUCACUCA